CCACACUGCCAUAUUUGACGGCCGAUGUCAGCUCACUGUCAACAGAUCGUGCUCAAGAUUUUCUCGACAUCCCAAAAUCUUCUAGCAUCCGUUCUCGAAGCGAUAAGAGCGAUUCCGUGAAUUAAAUAAACCGAAGAUGCUGACCAACCAGAUUCUAUCCGCUGCCCGGAUUGUUGGACUGCAGACUCGCCGUAAUUACGGUGUCUCCGCUGUACUGCUGGCUAAGGCAAGCGAUCCAAUCCAGCAGCUGUUCGUGACCAAACUUCGUGAAUACGCACAGAAGAGCCAGAGCGCUGGUGGCAAACUAGUUGAUGCUACACCGGAAAUCCAGCGUGAAUUGAAGCAAGAGAUGGAGAAACUGGCCAAGCAGUACGGAGGUGGUCAGGGCGAAGAUAUGACUGCCUUCCCCGCCUUCAAGUUCGAGGAGCCCAAAAUUGAUCCGAUCAAUUCCAGCGCUUGAAUGGUGCCCGGUCAUCAAAAAGCAGGCAUCUUUAAAUAGGAAAUAACAUUAUCACUGCUUCUGAAACAGAUGUAAAAUAA